ACCCAGAAGCGAACGGAAUGAAAACAAUAAUGUAGUUUAGUCUAACUUUUUCGGUUAUUUCAGAAUAAAAUUGUUUCAAAUCAUAAAAAAAUGUCGGCACAGGAGCAGAUGAGAGCUAUGCUGGAUGAGCUGAUGGGAACAUCGAGAGACGGGAGCUUUUUCUUGUGCUGUAAUCCAGUCAAAUUUGAAAGGUGAUGAAGGCCAACCUCGUGAGUUUGCAAUAGAUCUUAUUUCAUUCAUCAUGCAUAUUUCUUUAGGUUAAAUCAUAUUAUAAUGCAUAAGAAAGGUUAAUUUAUUUCUUGGAUCAAGAGGAUCAUGAUACUGUUAAAGUAAGAAAUAAACAGAAAGUUGGUUAGAAAACAUUGAACGGUAAGCAAUGUUUAGUUAAUGUUAAUGAACUAUGGAGGCCAUGAGGCUAGUUUACUUUACAGGUACAUAAUAUAGAAGAAAUUGGGGCUGGGCAUAUAAAGCAGGAUACAUCUGACAGUGGCAGUGUGUAUGUAAUGAAAUCUCUGAUGAUUCUAAAUGGCCCAUAUUUUCUUUCCUCAAACUUUGAUAGUGGUUUUUUUUUCUCUCUCUUUUCGUCAAAAUCCCUGUGUUCUGUUCUAGAGAUGAAGGCAGCUGACGAAGAAGGGGCUCUUUAAAACUGUGUGUAUUAAGAUUUUACAGGUGCAGGCUUGUGAGUAUUGUUGAUCUAUUGUUGACUCUAUGUGACUAACAAUUUUAGGCGAGAACAGCAAGUACAAGGUGAAAUUUGAUGACCCUCGGGUAUGUAAGAGUUUCCUGCUGGGAUGCUGUCCACAUGAUAUUCUAUCCAGCACGAGGAUGGAUCUAGGAGAGUGCCCUAAAAUCCAUGACUUGGCAUUGCGUGCAGACUACGAACAGGCUUCUAAGAGGAAAGAUUACUAUUAUGACAUAGACGCAAUGGAGCAUUUGUCCAGCUUUAUAGCAGAUUGUGACAGAAAAACAGAAUUGGCGAAGCGUCGUCUCAAAGAAACGCAAGAAGAGUUGAGUGAAGAGGCUAAUGGAAAAGCAGAGAUGAUUCACAAGCUUGGAGAGGAAAUGGGAACAAAACUUGCCAAAGCAGAGGAUCUUGGAGCAGAAGGGCUAGUGGUGGAAUCAUUGCAGCUCAUGGAAGAAGUGGAGAACCUGAAGAAGCAAAAGGCUGCAGCUGAGCAGGAGUAUAGAAAUUCCAUGCCAGCAUCCAGUUACCAACAGCAAAAGUUGCGAGUUUGUGAAGUUUGCUCAGCUUAUCUUGGAAUACAUGACAAUGAUCGUCGUCUUGCUGAUCAUUUUGGAGGAAAACUUCAUCUUGGUUUCAUUACAAUCAGAGAAAAACUGGAGGAACUAAAGAAAAGUAUUGCUGAUAGAAGAAUGCAAAGAGAAAAGGAACGAGAGGAACAGAAGCUUAAGCGUGCAGAAAGAGAAAAAGCAGAGGAGGAGGCUAGAGUAAGUCAAGCACGAAGUAGGAGCCGCAGUCGAAAAAGAACUAGGAGUCGCAGCAGAGAUAGAAAGCGAAGAUCUCGCAGCAGAAGCAGAAGAAGAUCCAGAUCUAGAUCCCGAAAUCGUCAUGCUAGAAAGAGAUCCAAAAGAUCCAGAUCUCGAUCACGAAACAGAAGAUCCACAUCAAGGUCAAGGAGAAGAUCUAGGCGCUCCAGAAGCAGAUCUAGGAGCAGAUCUCGGAAAUCGAGAAGUCGUUCUCGCCAUAAAAGGAGACAUCGUUCAAGGUCCAGAUCACACAGCAAAAGAAGUCAAAGCAAAGAAAGGAGGAAAAAUGGCUCACGGUCCUCAUCAGAGGAAAAGACAGUUCGCUCCUCUGCAGAGAAAUCGGAGUGAAUAGGUUGAAGUAGGCGUCAUCCCCUUAGCAGAUAACCAUAUCGGACAGAACUUUUUAUUGACAAAGUUUUAACUAAUUUUUGUAUAUCAUGGAUGAAUGAACCAAAUACUGAUGUUAUGUUUCAAUUUUCAAUUGAAAAAAUUAAAUAAAGCAUACUAUGAAAAAAUGAA